UGUUGAGUACAGAAGGAUGGAAUGGUGCGAUUUCAGAAGGAGGAGGAAGAGAAGACAUUAAAGGCGCUCACACUCUUUUGCUUUCCAGAGGGUGUAAACUGGGCACCCUUAACAGAAUAUCCCAGUGAAACAUUCUCUUUCGUGCUUACAGAUGUAGAUGGAACGAGGAAGAAUGGAUACUGUAGGAGGCUACUGCCUGAUGGGAAGGGGGCUCGUCUGCCUGAGGCCUACUGUAUCAUCAGUAAUUUAGCCUGUUUUGGACUCUUUUCCAAGAUCUUUGAUGAGGUGGAGCAGCGCAGAAAAAUCUCAAUGGCAAUGAUUUACCCAUUUAUGCAGAGCCUGAGGGAAUCUGCGUUUCCUGCCCCUGGACACACUGUUAAUAUCAAAAGUUUUAUUCCAGAAAGAGGCACUGAGAUCAUCAGUUUGACUCGUCCGACAGACUCCUGGCUGGAGCAUGUAGAUUUCCGCACAUUGUUCAAAUGCCUUUCAGAUGAGGAGGUGCUCCAGGUGUUUGCUGCUACUGUGCUAGAGCGGAGGAUCAUCUUCAUCGCUGAUGAGCUUGGGACGUUGUCUCAAGUGAUCCACGCAGUGACUGUUCUCCUGUAUCCAUUCAUCUGGCAGCACACGCUCAUUUCCAUUGUUCCCGAAAUCCUAAUCGACGUCGUCAUGGCACCCACACCAUACCUGCUGGGUGUCCAGAAAAGUCUUGCAGAUCAGGCCACUGACCAGACCGAGCUGCUUGUUGUUGACUUGUCAGAAGGCAGGAAGGAGACAUUUAUCAAGAGUAUGGGAGAUGAGGACACAAUAUUACCUCACAAACUCAAAGAUGAAAUCAAGCAGGCCCUCAGUGCCAAAAAUGAGAAUUCAAGUCUUGAGGAGUUGAACCGGGUGGUCCCAGAAGCUUUCCUGCCGUUCUUUAUCAAGACUGUCGGUCACUUCUCUAAGUACAUUGUGCGGAACGGCAAAGACCAGCGGGGAGAGUUCCAGCGAACGAAUUUCUGUAAAGCAAUAGAAUCCAAGAGCACACGACGGUUUGUGAAGAAAUUUGUACAGACGCAGAUGUUCGAUCUCUUCGUUCAGGAAAUGGAACAGAGACCCGCCUCUCAGGACGGCACAGGGUUUUUUGACAAAAAGAUCGCUGAAUACCACAAAAAGAUGAGGGAGAAAGCCAAGAAACACUAGUGGAAGCACUCACCAAAGUAGCUGGUUGUAAAUCUUGUGUGAAAUAAAUCAGUCAGUAGUAAAUAAUUUUAAGGAAUGUAGAUAGAAUUAAAUGUCAGAUUGUUUUUUAUUUAUGUUGUCAUGUGUUGUCAUACGUUUACUGCUGUUUGUCUUUUGUGUCAGGGUCUUGUUGGGGGUUAUGGGUAACUGUAUUGUGAUAAGCUGCUGUAUUUAAUGCAUGUAAAGCUUGUUUCAACUAGAAGCGUUUUGACCAGAAGGUUCAAUGUCACAGAAACUGAGCCAGUGGAAACAUGCUGAAUUCAAAAACAAAACAGAUUCAGUGAAUGAAAUUAAAUGAAA